AUGCCUUUGCCAACAUUACUAGAUGCAGAAAAUAAAGAGCUAUUUAUGAGAGUUUUAAAUUUCUCGUAUCCUUUAACGAUUGAAAAUGUUCAAAAUGAGCAAUGUGGUGUACAACUUUUUAUGCGUUUUCCCACGACGUCUGAUUCGGGUAUCGAGAUUAAUUUUAAGACCGACAUGAUGUAUUUACCCCCGGGUUCCUAUACGUUACAGAAACUUCUUGAUACCUUGAACACAUUUGUCGCCGAAUAUGACGUGAAUUUUACAAUUUUAAAUAAUGCCCGCGUUGGUGUAACGUACAAUAUCGAACGUGAAUAUUGGCAUUCUGACGUAACUGUAAAAAGAAUUUCAACAAAACCACCCCAUCAAAUAUUCAACGUUUUUACCCAAAAUACCGACGAGGGGGACGAAUUUGAAAUGGUCUUUACUGAAUCGUUGGAAUAUAUGCUAGGUUUGCGAGAAAUAAAGGUUCAUCCGGAUGUUGUCGAAACAAAAUCGGAAUGGGAAAAAGGAUCGUUUUAUUUUCCACAACAUAUGCGGCAACUAAACAAAAAUUGGUACCAUUUUAUGAAUAAAGCAAAUGCGGGUGGAGAUAAUAAAUUUGCUUGUUCAUUCAUGGGUAAAGCCCUUCCUGAUAUUUCCAACGGUAUUGAUAAAAUGUUUGUAUAUUGUGAACAAUUGGAAAUGUCUGUUGUUGGCGAUACAUAUGCGCCCUUGUUGGCUAUCAUACCCUUAAACGGUAGCGAUCGGGGUAGUGGUGCAUUGUGUACAUAUACACCGCCGAGUACACGCCGUAGAUUAAUCAAAAGUAAAAUUGAUCAAUUUAAAGUUACAAUCUACGAUACAACGCAUACGCUAAUACCGUUUAGCAGUGGGACUGUGAAUAUCGAGUGUGUUGUGGAAUAAGAAAAAAUGUUAAAAAUCGAUUUAGAAGUAAAAGCCGAUCGUCCUAAAGAACUUGUACCCGUAAAAUAUGAAUACAGCUCGGAAGUUAAAGCACAAUUGUCACAUAAAUUAAUGUAUUACACUGUGGCACAUGUUACGGGUCUAUUGGGGGGUUAUAAAUUAUCGGUAGCACGAAAAUGGGAUGUUACUAACAAACUAACUGGUCGUGAAAGUCCCGCCACAGGUGGUGGUUAUUUUUACAAUGGUAAAGAUUACGGUAUGUUUCGUGGAAAGACAGUUCGACAUUAUUAUACCCUAAAACGAUAUUUAUUAUUUGAACGAUUUGAACAAGUGCCUAAUAACCGUAUAAUAAUUCCUGUAUCAAAUUCAACGGUUAAAGCACCGCUUCCAAAUUGUUUAUUGACCGUACGAAAUGUUGCUGAUUUAGACGAGAAUGUGAAAUUUAUUUUUGAACGAACAGCGGGCUAUGAAGCGGAUAGUUUUGCAUUGGCUGCAGAUGUAAUAAACCGGUCAAAAUUAUCCAUUGUUUUGAAUAUAUACGAUGAAAUAUAAUCAAAUAAUCAUUCACAAUGCAGCAAGCAGACUACGUAAAGCUGUUAAAAGGCGGUGGUACACGUUAUAAGGGGACAUGUUUGUUUGUGUUACCGGGUAAAGCAUCAACCGUUGAAGAACGUGCUGCCGGUAAAAUUUGUCCGCCACCCCAGUUAAAUCCGGGUUACGCGCCAAAUCCUAAAAUACAAAGGGUUGGUAAAAUACAACCAAGAGCUGCUAAACAGCAAACAUUGCAAACUGGUGUACGUGCAGGCACAGCUGUAGCUCCGGAAAUUUUAAAAUUAAUCUAUGGGUAG